AUGAAGGACCCACGCUCCGCCAAGAGGCGCAGGGUAUCCGACCAGCAAGUCGUGGAUGAGGAUGGAGACACCGCGAUGCGCGAUGAGCAGGAGACGUCGCCUACGCCGCGGAGACAGGUCGCCGGACAAGAGUCGCUAGGAGAUCUCAAGGAGGGGACAGAAGACGAAGGAUCGCCUAGUACGUCGAGGUCGGCGCGUCGCCGAUCGUCCAAAGCAGGGCAGACACCGGGUCAAGAAGGGAUGAGCAAACCGAAUGCGCAGGGGGAGGAUCAUGCGGAUACGCCCUCGAGGACGGGACUGCGGUCAAGUGGACGGCAGCGCAAAGCGCCGCAAAGGUUCGAAGACGAGGUCAACAAUCAAACGCCGGCGAGGAGGUCAACUACUGGGCAAACGGGGACUACCCCAAGGAGUACACGGAAGACGAGACGGACGUCCGAGACUGAAGGGAAUGCUGAGGAGUCCCCACAAGAGCCAGAGGACGAAGACGAGGAGGACGACGACGACGAUGAGGAGGAAGAAGACGAGAGGAAACGGAAGGCAAGAGUUACUAGGACGCGGUCCACGCGGCCUAAGAGGAAUACUGUGCGAUUUGAUACUGCGAAGGAGGAUACGGAUGGAGCUGCCGCUCCGGGAUACGGGUCGCAGCAACCGCCCUUGGCGGAUGAUUACCAGGACGGACUGGAUGAGCUGGUGUCGAUGCAGUUGCAGCAAAACUUGACACAACAGGAGAGUCAAGGUCCGGACGAGGUUGCAGUCGUGGGCACCUCUCUUCCUAGCUACGCCGAGGCAUUUCGUGCUUUAUCUGAGGCAGGACUGGUGGACGAACUGCGGACAUUGACCUCAAUUGUCCUGGAGAAAUUGAACGGCAAGCGACGGAUUCCGCUUAAAGGAGUGGAGAACGAAUAUCAAAAAGUCGAACAAUUGCUUGAGCAGACGGUCAGCGUCGGCGAGGGAAACUCCAUGCUGCUUCUGGGAUCGAGAGGCUGCGGGAAGACGGCGAUGGUCGAGACCAUCAUCUCGUCAUUGAGAAGAGAACACAAGAACGAUUUCCACGUCGUUCGCCUCAACGGAUUCCUACACACCGAUGAUCGAUUGGCGCUUCGUGAGAUGUGGCGCCAGCUUGGUCGGGAGACGAACACGGAAGACGAAGCCGGCAAGGUGGGCAGCUACGCCGACACGAUGGCGACCCUUUUGGCGCUGUUGUCGCAUCCCGAGGAGCUGUUUGGCUCACCAGAAAACGCGGAGACCGUGACGGCAGCCAAGUCCAUAGUCAUCAUACUGGACGAGUUCGAUCUCUUCGUGACGCACCCGCGCCAAACCCUGCUGUAUAACCUGUUUGAUAUUGCGCAGGCGCGCAAGGCCCCGGUGGCGGUCCUCGGGCUGACGACCAAGGUGGACGUCACCGAGAUGCUGGAAAAGCGAGUGAAGAGCCGAUUCAGCCACCGAUACGUCUACGUUCCCCUCCCCCGGACGUUUGACACCUUCUCCGACAUUUGCUUUGCCGGGUUAAACCUGGAGGAGAGCGAAGUUCGAGACCUUCUGGAGGGGACCGAUGCGGAGAAGCACGCGCUUGUCAAGUCCGCAGGAUGGAAUAGACUACUGGAGGGCUGGAGGGUCUAUCUCCAGGGUCUUUGGCGCGACGAAGCUUUCCAGGCUCACCUCCAACGAAUCUAUCACCAAUCAAAGUCCGUCAAGGAGUUCCUGACCAGCGCCUUGAUCGGACUGGGCGAACUGCACUACAGCACCUAUCCCACCGACCACGACCACAACAACAAUAACAACGCUCUUCCACCGUCCCUGCAGAUCCCCACCCCAACCACCUUCAGCAGCCAGAGCCUCUCCUGCCCGGACCCCGCCCCGCUGCCCUUCUCCGCCACGGCGACAGCCAGCUCGUCAUCGCUGCCCCUCUCGCUGCUCCUCGCCGCCACGCGGCUCGCGGCGCUGUUCGAUCCGGGCCUCGAGGCGGCCUCGUUCCAGGCCGCCGGACCGCUGGCGCUCUCCUUCCCGGCCGCGUACGCCGAGUACGUGCGGCUCCUGACGGCGGCGAAGACGUCGGCGUCGGUGUCCGGGGCGGCGGCGACGCCCGGACGAGUCUGGGGUCGCGACGUGGCGCGCGAGGCGUGGGAGAAGCUAGUGAGCUGGGGCCUGAUCAGCCCCGUGGGCGCGGGCAGCGGGACCGCGGACGGCCGGAUGUUCCGAGUCGAAAUCAGCUUCGAAGAGGUGGUUGCCAUGGCGGGAUCGGGUGGUUCCCUGGGGAAAUGGUGGCGGGACGGAUGA